AUGAAGCCCCUCAGCGCCUCCCUGGUUACCUGCGCUUCGUGUCGCUCCGCCCUGCUGCGCUCCCGCGUCUCCGCUGCGCGCCUUCACCAACUCGCCCCGCGCCGCCACUAUGUCAGGCCAUCGACAGCUCCGAAGCCGCUGCUGGACCUGAAGCACAUCCGCCAGAACCCCGGUCUAUACGAGCAGAACUGCAUCGACCGCAAUUACAGGGCCCAGAGCAAGCAUUCGUGGGAAAUCAUCAAAUUAUUCGACCAGUGGAAGGAAUGCCAGCUCAACGCCCGCCAGCUGCGCGAGCGCGGCAACGUCCUGCGCCGCAAGCUCUCCAAUGCCGCCUCCCUCAGUGGCGACACCAUCCCCGAGCCCGAUAUGGACAUCGCCGCCUUGAAGGCCGAGGGUAAGGAGAUCAAGGACAAGCUCACCAGCAUCGAGGACAAGGAGAAGGAGCUUGUCGAGCGCAUGGAGAGCUUGGCUCUUGAGCUGCCGAACCUGAGUAGCACCAACACCCCUGUCGGCGACCAGCCCGAGGUUGUCGGUUACAUUAAUAAGCACCCCGACCGUCAAGGCGAAGACGCCACCGACAGGUUAUGGAAGUCACAUGUUGUCAUUGGCACCGAACUGGGACUGCUGGAUUUUGCCGCCGCUGCACAGACGUCCGGUUGGGGCUGGUACUACCUCAUCAAUGAGGGAGCGUUGCUGGAGCAGGCUCUCAUUCAGUAUGCCCUGACUGUCGCCAGGAAGAGGGGAUGGAGGCCCGUGUCUCCGCCCUCGAUCGUCUAUUCGCACAUCGCUGCAGCUUGCGGCUUUCAGCCGCGAGACCAAAACGGCGAGCAGCAGAUCUACGCACUAGAGCAAGCCGAGAAGGACAAGGCCAAGCCUUCACUCGUGCUUGCCGGUACCGCCGAGAUCCCUUUGGCUGGCCUCAUGGCUGGCCAAACCAUUGAGGAUGCAGACCUACCGUUGAAGAUGGUUGGUGUCAACCGGAGCUACCGUGCCGAAGCUGGAGGCAGGGGAGUGGACACCAAAGGUCUAUACCGGGUACACGAAUUCACCAAGGUCGAGAUGUUCGCCUGGACUCUGCCCGACACGCACGAGGGCGAAGGCUUCUUUACAGAGCGUGGCGUCGCGCACUCGGAAGCCGUGUUCGACGAGAUGCUGUCGAUUCAGACUGAAAUCCUGAAGUCGUUGGGAUUGCACUGCCGUAUUCUUGAGAUGCCUACAACCGAUCUGGGAGCCAGCGCGGCGAGAAAGCGUGACAUCGAGGCAUUCUUCCCCUCUCGCCGCGACCGUGACGAAGGAUGGGGUGAGGUCACGUCGACAUCCAUCUGCACCGACUACCAGACCCGCCGGCUCCAGACUAAGGUGCGUCUCGAGAAGGCCGGCCGCAAGCUGGACCUUCCUCACACGCUCAACGGUACGGCAAUGGCAGUGCCGAGAGUGCUAGCCGCCAUCCUCGAGAACAACUGGGACGAGAAGACGAUGACGGUCACGGUCCCGGAGGUGCUUCGGCCAUUUAUGGGCGGUAUGGAGGUGAUUGAGAAGAAGCGGAUGUCUUGA